UGGAGGGUUCAAGCAGCCAGAGAGGAGCAGUGCAUAGUGGAAAGUGUGACUAGGAGAAGGUGGAUAGCUGUGCCGAGCACUGCCUAUGAGAACCAGCAGCAAAGAGAUAUAGGGGUAUCCUCACGGGCAGGGCUGCUUUCAAAGGGGUUGCAUGCUCCUUCCCUUCCCACCAGGCUGCCAUGUGUGGGGGGGACGGCCAGCCUGCAGGAGUGGGAGGGAGGGGCAGGAGAGGUGCAGCUGGAGCAGGCUCCACAAAAAGGCUGUGGGAAUGCAAAGAUCAGGGAAAUGACGAGGGACACGUCACUCCGUGCAAGCUGAAAUGCAGAGGGGGUGGUAAGGAGAAGAGGAGCAGGCAGGCAGAGAUUUGGAAGUCUCAUCCCAGAAGGACUGUCCUCAAGAGUGCAGUAUUUUCCAGUGCAACGCUGUGACAGUUUCGGAGACAUACUUGGGCUUGGCAUCUGGUUCUUAUUACAGAUGACCCUGCAGACUUUUUCUGCUAGAAACCUUCCCAGCAAAUAUCCAAUUGCCUUCUACAGUUCCACCUAAGAGAGAGAAGGCAGCUUGAUUUCCAUAGCAGGGGAAAGUCAAGGUGAUACGAACCACCAUCAUGGUGACUCUUCCUCUCUUCCUCUUCUUCAUCCUCUUGCCCUGCAGUAAAUCCCAGGAGGACUUUCUGGACCACAAUCUGAAAUGGGACUACAGAGAAGGCGCUGACAAAGUCAACAUAGGAGGCAUUAACAGCAUUACUCAAACACUUGAGAAAUGGGGAAACAGCAUCUUCUGGCAAAUGAAACACAUCCUGCUGAACAACCCAGAGUCUUUACUGCCGGAGAUCUCCAGUCUCCGCCCUGUUUCUGCAGCUGUGGAGAAUCUUGUGAGGGAGGUCCAGGCAAUACGGAAAAGGUUAGAAGAACUGAAUGAAAGGCUCAAUGUCAUCAACAAAGCUGUUCUUCCCAUCCGAAUCAACGUUCUGCAGAGCCAGAGGCGUGCAAAUACUCAGCUGCGGAGAAUCCCAGUGCAUAGGAGAAGGUUGCCCGCACGCAGGAGACUUCAGAGGAAUUAACUCUACCAGAAAAAAAAAGGAAAACCUUUGGUUUUUUGCACCUGCUUAAGCCUUUCUCAAUGGGACAAUGCUAGACAGAAUAAACCAAAGCACAUGCAAGAUGACUUUACUGAUGAGACUAGAACUUCUGCAUGUUGUUUCUUUAUUUCAAGCCCAGGUCUGUAGAUCAAAUCUGACCCUGGUCUUCGAUGAUGGUUGUUUUGUGUCCUAUGCAAAAUAAGUUGAGAAACUCGGUCUGCUUGAGUGUGAAUACCUUUAGGUUGUGCUGUCAUUCUUUCUGCUUACCAGGGUAAGAUCUUUUUUAAAAAGUUCAGCUGAAUUUUUCUGUCCUAUUUUCACAGCACUCUGUCAGAAACAGCUGGGGAAUUCAAUCUUCAAAAGUGCUGAAUGCUGGAUGAAUGCAGGAAGAUAGAUUAGGGUUUUGCACUUCCAGCUGGGUAAGAAGGGGGAGAAAAAGCUAUGCUUUAAAAUAUAGCCAUAACCUAUUCUUCACCAAUGCAAAGAAUGCCCCAUUCGCUUGUUCAGAGAGUGGGUAGAGUUCGAUAAUCUUGGACUAUGCAUAUUGUUUCAAGAGUAAUGAUAUGCCAGAUUCUUGGGACCAAAGCUGAGCACCCAUCUUCUUUAGUGAGCUUUCUUUUAGCUACCUGCAGGUGGGCACUGAAAACACUGUGCAAUAGAUAUGCCUGUAACUUCCAAUGCUGUGAAUGAUAUCACAAUGACUUCUGCCAAGACCCUUUGAAAACAGGUGAUGUUUCUCCAAAACAAUUUAGGUACCUAAUGGUAUAAGUAGAUGCCGACAAAGAUUUUCCAAAAUAGCUUAGGAAACAGCUGAGUCCCAAAAAUCACUGGUAAUUCACUUGGCAUCUGGCUGGUAAUUCAGAUGAUGUCUUAUACACAGAAUAUCUUCUCCACAUGCAAACAUCAACCUCCAUAUCCUUCAGCACAGUUAAGAUCUGUAUAAAACAAACUAUGUACUCCCAAAGCUCAGGCGUACGUAGUUUACUUUGCCUUCAGCUUGUCUUUGCUUUCCGGGUAAUAAAGCUGGUAACAAAAAAUGAUGCAGAAAUUGAGUUAUGCACUGAACAGAGGAAAGAGUGGGCUUACUCUUUAGAUCUCUAAAGGUAAAAUUAAUACAGAGAUUUCCAUCCAGCACUGUAGCUAAUGACAUGCCUGAAAUCUGUUAAAACAUAGUUAUGGAGGCCAGAAAGAAAAAUAAACUAUUUUUAAGCACUUUA